GUCAGGGACAUGCAAAGUCAUUGCCACUCAACCAAUGACUCAUUUGCAACACCCUGAUAUUGUUGAGCAACGCAUAAAUUCAUAUCAAGAUUACAAAUAUAACUUGACAAGAUAUUUUAGAAUCUAAUUCUCGACAGUGAACAAUUAACCCGAAAAGUCUAAACACAUGAACAAAUGAGAUUGUGUACCCUAGAAAUGUCCUCUCAGAAUGAAAAGAUAUCUAAGAAGGACAACUAUGUCUAGUUGCGUUUCGAAUUUACUUCUUGUCAAAACCUAGAAAGAAGCAUCAUCUUUCCAAUAGUUGCACACCUACGACAAACUCAGAAUUACUUGUAGCGACGGCAGAGAAUUGGAACUUAAGUCCUAUCAUUCUUGUGAUACAUAUCCAGGUCUGGAUCCGGCUGAAAAACAAUUAAAAAACCAUGCAACAUAAGAAGCAUCAACCAUGCAAACAAGCACCACCACCGCCUCUAGCAAAACCUGGUUGUUCUACCCAAUGUGGAGACGUCGAGAUCCCAUUUCCUUUUGGGGUCGGAGCAGGUUGUUCAAUCGAUGAAUGGUACGCGAUCGAAUGCAGAAAUGGAAGUAAACCUUUCAUCAAAGGGAUUGGCUUGGAGGUUCUCGGCAUUUCACUUGAAGAAGGUACUAUGCUAGUAAACCAUCCAAUAUUUUCCGAUUGUGAUAUCGACGAUAAUGAGGACCCAGAGAAACGAUCAUAUCCAAGUACAGACCUGGAAGGAAGUCCUUUCCAGUUCAAUCAAAUGAAGAAUAGAUUCACCGGAGUAGGUAGCAACAAUGCAGCCUUCAUGACAAUAGAUCAGGAACCUAUCGCAGGUUGUAUGUCUCAGUGUGACAAAGAUGAAAGUGAAGAAGUUGGCUGCUUUGGUAUCAACUGCUGCCAAACCAGAAUCCCACGACAUCUAAAGGUGUUUAAUGCGACUAUGGUCUCUAUGAGCGAAAGUUGCAAGCGAGGUUGCAGGUACAGCUUCUUGGUACAACAGAAUUGGUUCCAAACAUAUAUGAAUAAUCGUAUGCGAAUAAUUUCUUACACAACAGAAGUUCCAGUGACGCUCGAUUGGGGGGUAUAUUAUCAAUCGUUUGGACUGUAUGAGAGUAGCAAAUCCAAAGCAUAUAAUUUCACCUCCAAAUGUGGAAAUUCUGACCAGUUCCGGAGUUCUUUAUCAAUCAUUCAAUGUUCUUGCAGACAAGGCUAUGUGGGAAAUCCAUACCUUCUCAAAGGCUGUCAAGAUGUAGAUGAAUGUAAUCAACAGCCCCCAAACAUCGAUGUGUGCCCGUCGUCAAUGAUCUGUGAAAACCUUCCCGGGACGUACAAGUGUUCUGGUUACAAUGUGCCUAGAGUUCCACGAAAGUCUGUGAUUUUGACAGGCAUUGGAGGGGGUCUUGGACUUGUCUUUGCACUUCUCGGAGCAUGGUGGCUACACAAAGCAUUGAAGAAAAGAAAGGAGCAGCAGCUAAAAGAGAAGAACUUCAAGCAGAAUGGCGGAUUACUUUUACGGCAACAACUAUCAUCAAUUGAAGUCAAUGUUGACAAGAUCAAAAUCUUCAAUUCAAAGGAGUUGGCAAAGGCUACUGAUAAUUUCAACAUGGCAAGAAUGCUUGGUCGAGGAGGGCAAGGAACUGUUUAUAAAGGAAUGUUGAGAGAUGGAAGAAUCGUUGCAGUAAAGAAAUCCAAAAUCGUUGACGAAAGAAAAAUCAGAGAAUUUAUCAAUGAAGUUGUCAUUUUGUCGCAGAUUAGCCAUAGGAAUGUGGUUAAACUAUGGGGAUGUUGCUUGGAGACAGAGGUCCCCUUACUUGUUUAUGAAUUCAUCCCGAAUGGAACGCUCUACGAAUACUUACAUACUCCAAAUGAUGAGUUCCCAUUUACAUGGGAGAUGCGCUUGAGGAUCGCCAUGGAAGUUGCAGGAGCUUUGACGUACCUACACUUGACAGCAGCCUCUUUUCCCAUUUAUCACCGAGAUAUUAAGUCUUCGAACAUUUUGCUAGAUGAUAAAUACAGAGCCAAGAUUGCAGAUUUCGGAACUUCUAAAUCGUUUUCCCCUGAUAAAACUCAUGUGACAACAAGAGUGCAAGGCACUUUUGGAUACUUGGAUCCUGAAUACUUUCAAUCAAGCCAAUUCACGGAAAAGAGCGAUGUGUAUAGUUUUGGAGUAGUUCUUGUUGAGCUCUUGACAGGGAAGAAACCAAUCAGUAGAAUAUCAGAAGAAAGUCUAAGUUUAGUAACCUUGUUCCUUUCAUCUAUGGAGGAAGACACUCUCUCUGAUAUUAUGGAUGCUCAAGUUUUGAAUUCACAUCAUGUGAAGGAAGAGAUGGCUGCAGUUGCUCAACUUGCGAAAAAAUGUGUGAACCUAAAUGGGAAGCAAAGACCAACAAUGAAAGAGGUCACACAGGACUUGGAAAGCAUCAGGCAGUGGCAAACAGGUUCAUGUGUUCCACUACAUUACGAUGAAGAGUUUCGAGACAUAGGAAGUGAAACGAGCAAGAGUUGGGAGGAAGACUCUACUUCAAGGAGAUCAAGUUCGGACGACAGUGUUUAUUCAUCCUGGAAUGUCAAACCAUUUUCAUACACAAUGUAAAAUUAAUCAUAAUUGUUUUUUCUAAUCGUAAGUAAUUGGAUUGUAGUUUUCAAUUCAUCGCUCAACUGCAGUUCAAGUUGUAUUAUAAUUCUAAUUAAGUUGGGAGCCUUUUGUGGGAAAGUGCUUGAACUAGCUUUGAUUAGUGUGCAACUUAAAUAGGCAUCAAACCUAAGUAUAAGACAGUAAA